AUGGCAAGAAUGCCUGUGUGUCUAUAUGCUGAUAAUUCUACAGAAUUCCAAGAAAAGGAACAUGAUGCAAUUUUAAUCAGUCACCGAUGCUUUCUUCGCUUGUUUUCGUUGUCAUAUGAAAUUGGUCAAAGGUUUCUUAGUGAGGCCAUAGCUCAGACGGUACCUCUCGUCUGCGGUGGAAGAAAAAAGAGUAGAAUAGUAAGUUCCAGACAGUUUAGUAGUAGAGUUUAUAGUACUGGUAAUCAAUCUGAGGCCAGUGCUAGUAGUACUAUACCUCCAGAAGAACAACCUAUCACUGGAGAACCUGUCACAGAUGCAGAAGCAGAAGAGUAUCAUUCUAUUAUUAAAGAUGAUGAAAGAGCUAAAGGGUUCAAAGGGUUAAGUUGUCCAGAAACUACAGAAAGGCCACAAUCAGGAAAUUGUGGGGUGGCCAAAGCUUAG